ACUUGGGUAUUCCAGGUACGGGGGGAAAUUAAACGAUCCUGAUGUCGUUUUGGUUUUCCUUUUUUUUUGGAGACAUGAUCAUGAUGAUACAAGGGGCUAGUGUGUUCAUUUGUAAAAAUACAGACAUGCUAUCUACACUGUGAUCAGCUCCAUUAUGCUGCCAUCAGUUCCACGCUUGAAUGAUUAUGAAAGUGAAGAAUACUAGCUGUACUUUGAAUGGGCUGAUCGGCUGUUAAAUAAGAGGGAUAACUCUGACUAGCAAUGACGACCUUUCUGAUGACCUGAUCGCUCGGCUGAUCACAACAAUAGUAGUGUAGGAGUGUUAGUCAUGGCGAGUGGGCAGUAAUGUUUUGUCAACAGAACUGGUGUAACAUGUGACGUUCAUAUACCUGUGUUAUUCUACAACCGUGAAAACCCACUGAGGAAGUGAUGAACCAGGUGAAAGAUAAACUGACGAGAAAUUGGAGUACCGGAGAUUGGGAUGGAUGUUUGUACAGUGGUUCAUCUUGUCACCGUUGUCUAAUGUUUAGCUAGACUGGUAACAAAGGGGCAGUGUUGACAAUGGAACCUUGUCUGUAGCGCUACAUCCUGUUAUAUAGAUACUUACCUAAUAAGACAGUCGUACAUGUCAAUAUAUCAGCUGUUUACAACCAAGGAAAGAAAGCCAUACUUUGUUAAUGAAGAAAGGAAAUUGAAUCUAUGUUGUGACUGUCACAUGGAAAUCCGACAAAUUCAUGGAAGUUUUGUUUAUAGAUUGAAUAUUAACAGCAGUGUCAUAUAGUAUUUGGAAAUUGGAAAACUGAAGAAGAUACAAGACUUGGAUUAAAUUUAGAGUCUAUGCCUGUACAUAUAUGUAAGGAAGAUGAAGAUAUUGAUAGAAUCACAACAAGGAAAUUGCUGACUUUUGCUCUCAUGUAAUUUCCCCGUGGACUCCAAUUAAUACAUUAUACACUAGUGUGUCAAUAUCAUAACUGUUAACCGCACAUCAACAUUGGGGAGAGGAGAUUAUCAAUUAUUCAUUACAAUGUCUACUCCUGGUGUGCUAGCAGUGACACUGGUUGUUAAGCUGUAUGUAUGUGAAUUCAGCUCAACAAAUCUUCAUUUCUGAUUGGUUUGAUUGUCUGGACACUGGACAGCACAUGUAACACUGGACUGCCUGACCAGAUUAAGUCCCUAAGCUCAUUAGCAUAGAUACUGUGAGAUAGCCUGCCAAAUGAUUGUACCCUCCCCAAGGAAUUAGCACAGGGCCAAGUGUAUAUGUUGGAAUUAGCACAGGGCCAAGUAUGUAUGUCGGUUAGGUACAGACAUGUGUCUUCAAUUAAGAAUCAACUGAAACUUUUUUGAGAUAAUUUUAUUAUUAAUUUUACAUCAACACCGAUAAUCAUUCUAACAGUUUCUGUAUCAAAGGACGGAAUAUCAUUACACAGACAUUUGUGUAUAAUAAACACAGGAUUAUGAUGCAGAGGGAUAACAUAUGAGCAGUGUACUAUUGGAUAUGUAGACCAGGUGCUGUGAUUGUUGGAUGUACCACAGGGCCUUCAUCACAGGGAAUUAUACAGCUUGGGACAGAUUUUUCUCUGAGAACAUUUGAUUCAUAUAACAAGCACAUGUUCACAAAAUGCCAUCUGGCGGAGUUUUCCCCAGUGUGUAGACAGCUACAUGAGAAAGCCCACAUUGAUCCAGAGUCUGGGACUGUCUGCACAUGUACAGUGCAUUUAGCUGAUCACGCCAACUAAGAUGAUACUUGUAUAGUAAUUUGUGAAUGUGGAAAUACAAACUGGAGUUUUAGGUUUUAUGACUGUUUUCUGCUGCAAAUGUUUUACAGAGGUAAACGUGGACCCAUACAGGUGUGAUAGAGCACCAAUUUGCUGACACAGUGUAAACCUUUAGCCAGUCACGAUGGGAUGUCAUAACGGGACUCCAGGAAAUUAUUGAUACUGGUGAUAUUAUUGAGUACUGAUAAAGUACACAGAUUUACUGUACAUAAUCAAUGUCAGGUGGGCAGCUGUAUAUGUUGUUGUUAAGGCUGACGAUCGUUUAUAUUACCUAACGGGAUGUCUGUUGACGUAAUGUGUUGAUUGUGACAGGAUUCAUGAUCACAUAUAGAAAUAAAUACACUGCAAUUCAUUAUCUUUGCAGUCGUCAAUUAAAUAUCCAAAUUUUAAAUGUCAGUUGAUGUGUGGAGACCAGUGAUAUCUAAGUGUUCCGUGUGCUCGUGAUCAGCUGUGAUUUGGUUCGCAUGUUCACAUUGAUAACAAGUUUUAUUUACCCUGGCAGCACUUACUGAAAGAUAUAUUUAGACUUUCCACCCUCCAAUAAAGCUGGUGCUUACAGUCGUUGUUUAAAUAAGAACAACUUCAAAGAAAGAGGUGCUGUUAUUUCCUUUUUGUGAACUGAGGAUUUUGUACCUGGAGAGAAAAGAAUGUGUAUUGGGGUGGUAUAGGUGUGAGGUCAGAGUUCACCUUAUAUCAGGUUAGUGUGUACCAGUAUGUAACAACAUUAGUAGUUAUUUGUUGAGGAGCAGUACGCUGGCACUGUUGUCCCAUCCUCUCUGCCAGCCUGCCUGUUUAGUUAGGCCCUACACCAUAUCUGUAACUGGAUGGAUGAAAAGUGGAUGGAUAAUGGAGGCCUAACACAAAUGUGUGUGCAUUAGGAUGUGAAUAUAGAGUGAUCUCACCCCCAUUAUAUUGUUGUGUAGUGAGGUAUGGAAGAUAGUCGAAAGCGGUCUGGUAUAUCGUAUAGCCGCCUUCGACACCAACGCUCCUCCAGUCCCUCUGCCAAAAUAAGCACUAAUUCUCGUAGAUCGCAGAGAAGUGCUGCUGCCAAUCGGGUCUGUAACCAAAGCAUAUUUGAUCUCCAAUACGGUGAUAUCCAGAAAGAUUCAUCCCCUCACAGUCAUCUUAAAUAUGGAUUCGUUGAUGAGGAAGAUUUUGAGGAGUUCAAGCACGAUUUAAAAAAGUUCAAUCAUCUUAAAGAGGAGUUAUUUGAGGAUUUUGGUUUGUUUAAAGGUGAUUCUAAACCAAAACUUCUCACAACGGCAGAGGCUCGCAAAAGUAGUCAUUUAGCUGCCGAUCCACUCAUGGAGUUCCUGAACAGUGAUGAGCACUUUCAGGAGUUUGAGAGGGUGUUUGAAACGUUUAAAAGUAAUCGGUUUUCUGAUAGCUUGGACAAGCUUCGGUGUUCGUUAAACAGGUAUGGAGAUGAGGAAGAGGAGGAGGAACAUGAUCAUGAGGAAAUUGAUGAUAAGUGUGAUGUAUUUGAAGAGGAAUUAGAGGAUUCUCAAAUAGAGGAUUCUUUUACGGAUUUCUUUGACCAUGACGAGGAUUUCAUGGCAUUUGAACGCGAGUUUCAAAAUCUUAAAAAGGUGAAACGACGUUCUAAGGUGCUACAACGGAUAAAUCGUAAUUCAGGCUGUGAUAUUGUUCAGGAGUUAAAGGCGUUCUGUGAUAAUGACCCCUCCCUCAAGUAUGACGUAAGUCCAGGGGAACAACAAGUGUGGAACUCAGGUGGAGAGUGGGAUUAUAUAUUCAAUAAAUUAAAAAGUGACAACAAUGUGUCGUUACCACCGAGUGCGUCGGGGAGUCUACGCACGUGUACAAGUAUUAAGGAGGACAGCAUAGCUGACUUUGAUACAGGAUUUUACUCUAGUGCUAAAAAUCAGGACUUCAAUACUUGCUCAACACUUACAGAUUUGCCAAAUGUAGAAAAUGAUUGCCAGUUUACGUGUCACCAGACGUGUGGACCUCUAGUGCGACUUGGAUGCAAAGCAUCACCUGUUGAUGAGGGACUGCCCCCUGACCCGGUCUCCGCAGAAACCUCUCUCACAGACCCGCCUGACCAACAGACCACAGCUGAUGCAGGGUCAGAGGCCACUAAUGAGAAAGAUGAAACGGACAGUGGAUACAGGUCAGGCACAAUACCUGAUGAAAAGUUGCCACGGAAACCAAGUCAGGCGACACUUAACAGAGAGGAACUCAGGCGCAAGAUUGAGGAGUACAACAGUGUAUUUCCUGCUGCCAAUGUGAUACUUAAGGAAGAGACAGUUGAAUCAUUCCAGGGAUUUAUCAAAGUUGUGUUGAAUCUCCACCGACCAAUAUGUAUGUCUCUUGGUGCCCGUCCUCCGUCCAUCUAUGAAAUGCUCACCAAAGAACACAUCGUGGAGCAAAACACAAUGACUGUGUCCUUCUACAUGCCACGCGACACAUGCAAGUCCAUCCACAUCACCAGUGAUAUAACAGCUACUGCUGUCAUUUCGAUGUUACUGAAGAAGUUCCACAUCCUUGAUCAUCCCAGGAAGUUUGCCUUGUAUGAACAGGAACACAGCCCCAAGGGUAAAAUAGUGAAGCUGCGGAGACUGCCUGGCAAUGAGACCCUUUUGUCAACAUGUGUCCACUGGGAGAAGGAUCGACUCCGGUGUACAAGGCUGGUCCUACAGGAGAACGAAACGGGAGAAAUUGUGUGGGAGAACUUCAGUAAACCAGAGCUAGAGAACUUCUUAAUAGUACUGGACAGAGAGGAAAACGAGUAUAUCUCACAGCUUCAGUACAAAUACUGUGUCAUGAAGAAAAUCAUCCAUCAACGCUUCAAGGAGCUACGCAAGGAACGCAGGAAGUCCGCCUUGCUGGAGAAACAAGCAAGCCUUCAGUCCUGAUCAUCUGGGACUUUCCUGGGAGUCAUAAAGAAAUGAAGUUUUUAUCAUGAUGUUACUAGAUAUAACAUGUGGUCAAGAUUAGUGGAGAAUUAGGUGAUUUCCAGGAUUUUCUGAGCUAAAUCUUUGUUCUGUGAUGGUUGUGCGAACAUUUAUCAUGGUGCUGUGGUGAUUGAGCUGGCCGGGCGACCAAUCGCGAGACCUCAUGGACUUUUGCUGGGACAUAUCCAGAGUGACAUGUAGACUAAAGGACUGGUGAUACUAUUGUCCUCUGUGGAUUAUAUAUAAUGAGGUCUCCGGUAGCAUUGGAUACUCGCCCACUUGUGAGCUCCGGCUUCCUCCGGUAGAGGCUUAACUUGACGCUCACUUCACGGAAAUAUCCGCAAGACAGGUGACUUGGACGUUCUGAUGUGGCUCAGACGCAGGAUGUCUUUGAGACACGUAACUGUCUUACUCUGUAUAGACUCUGCAGUCUUAAUGAUAGACAUGUCUUAAGAUAUGCAAUGCUGUCUAACAAAAUAUGGACAUAUCUUGAAGAUACGAUUGUCUUAUGACUAAUAUAUAUGGGACUAGUCUUAAUCAAGGUGUCAAUGGUCGGCAGGAAAGACAACAGUAUCAUAACAGUGCACAAGGCUUGUGUUAAAAUAUCUUGCUUGCAGAAUGUGAUGAUAAGGAAUUUGUCAUAACUGUGAGGUUUCAACAAUGUCUGGUUGAAACUCCCAAUGUUGUCACUUCGCGCUGAGACACAUGUGUCGUUACAAAGACAAAUAACAGUUGUCGUCACCGAGACAUGUUAGGGAG